UCUCUCUCUCUCUCUCUCUCUAUAUAUAUAUAUAUAUAUAUAUAUUAGCUUUCUCACACUUAGAGAUUUCUAACUUGGUUUUUCCUUUUGUUGAUAUCCACAUCCAAGCGUUUCAGCCUAUACCACUCUUUCACAAUGGAGAAGACAUCGUCGUUGACUAAUCCUAACACAUUACCGUUCUUUGUUUUGAUCGAUGAAAUCUUAUUGCACACGAUUUCUAACUGGUCAAGUAGAGUUCAGAAGGGUUUUUCAAGGUUUCAGUCUGCUUUCUUCCAAUCCCAAGAGAAUUGUUGUAACUCAAAGCUUUUGGAAGAGAAGAACUUGGAUUCUGAGUCAAGGCGCCCGCAGCUGGUCUGCGAGAAGAGAGAUGAUGGGAGUUUGAGAAGAGAAGAUGUGCAGAAGGUGAUGGGAGACUUGGGAAUUUUUUGCGGUCCAGAAGGUGAGCAACUGCCGGAGACAUUCAGUUCCGAUGAGCUUACAGGGCUGUUUGAUGAGAAGGAGCCGAGUUUGGGGGAAGUGAAAGAAGCUUUUAACGUGUUUGAUGAGAACAAAGAUGGGUUUAUCGAUGCAAGGGACUUGCAGCGAGUUCUCUGCAUAUUGGGGUUAAAGGAAGGAUCAAAGCUAGAAGACUGCCAGAAAAUGAUCAGAAGCUUUGACAAAAACGGAGAUGGAAGAAUAGAGUUCAAUGAGUUUGUAAAAGUCAUGGAGGCCAGCUUUUGCUGAAUCAAUGUUUCUUCUUUCUUUGGCUAAUAAGUUACAGUCAAGUUAAGAUUUCAUGCA